AUGUUGGAAAUUGUAGAUGGUACAUUAUUUGCUGGAUUAAUUCCUAAUGCAAUGAUUGGAUUAUCUAAUCAAUAUCCAGAAUUAAAGAAAUUUUAUCGAAAGAAACUUAAUCCUAAAUUAGCUAAUAAAUUUUUGAAAACUAAGAGUUGUUUUUUUGAUGCUUUAAUUAAAUGGAUUUUAAAACGUUUUUUUGGUGGUAAAAAAUCAUUUUUCCCACAAGGUAUAUCAAUUUUAAAUGAAGAACCAAUGAAUUCGAUUUUACAACAGAACAAUAUAGUUGAUCAAGCAAAAAAUUAUUUACCAAAAAUUCCAAUUUUCAUUUAUCAUGGUUCUUUAGAUAAAGUUGUUCCAAUAAAGGAUUCUCUCAAGACUUUUAAUAUUUGGUGUAAAAUGGGAUUAAAGUCUGGUGAAUUUAUGGAAGAUUCAACUACUGGUCAUUCAGUGUUGACUUUAUUAGGUUUGGCAGUGGCAAGACCUUGGAUUGUUAAUAGAAUGAAUGGGGAACCACCGGUUGAAGGUUGUGUACAUAAUAAACAAUUAUCAACCCUUACAUAUCCUGAAGCAAUUCCAUCAUUUAUUAAAAAUUCAGUUGAUAUUUUAUUAGGAAUGAUGAAAUUCAAAUUAGGUCCAAUGAAGAGGAAGAAGAAUGAUGAUUAUGAGUUGAAUAGUUUUAUACAGUUCAUGGACUCGAAGAGUGGCAGCAAUUCUUCUUCUGCAAUAUUUUAG